AUUUAAUAACAUUUACAAAUGUUUAUGUUUGCUUAAAAUUUUGGGUUGGCAAGAAUUGAUUUUUGACUUUUUCUCAAUGGAACAUGGCGGAUCGCCAGUCGUAGUUCGAAUCCGAUGUCGAAUGCAAAUGUUGAACAAGUGAAAAAGUUUGUUUUCACCUCAAAAAAUAGAAAGGCUUGUAACGAAACCGGUGAUCAAUUGGAAAUAAUUAUUCCAGAAUUGCUGCAAGCUGGUUAUUCUUUUUAUACGUGGCCAUCAGCUCCUAUUUUAGCUUGGUUUUUGUGGGAAAGAAGAAACGAGUUAAAACUUAAAAACGUACUUGAAAUCGGCUCUGGAACUGCAUUACCAGGAAUUUUAGCGGCUAAGUGUGGCGCAAGAGUGACUCUAACAGAUAGUAGUACUUUGCCAAAAUCCCUCGCUCAUUUACAUCACUGUUGCGUACUGAAUGGUCUCACACCUGAUAUUGAUAUUAAAGUAGAAGGUUUAACUUGGGGACUUUUCUUAAAUUCCAAUAUUUUAAACCUUGGCCAAAUAGAUAUCAUUCUAGGUUCAGAUUGUUUUUAUGAACCAACAGUUUUUGAAGACAUACUUGUUACAGUGUCAUUUAUUUUGUCAAAUAAUAUUCAUUCGAAAUUUUUCUGCACUUAUCAGGAAAGGAGUUCAGAUUGGAGUAUCGAAGCACUUUUAAAAAAGUGGGAUCUGAAGUGCUCAGUUAUUAACAUUCAUAGCGUGGGUGCUGAAUCUGGUAUUAGCAUUCAAGAGUUGAUGGGAGAUCACUCCAUACACUUGUUGGAAAUUACACACAUUUAAUUAUUUAGUUAUUCAUUGUAACGGCUUUCAAAUGA